GAGACGCGCAGAGAGACGGAGGGCGAGGAGGAAGCGCCACCGGGGAGGGGGGCGCCCAAGAGGAGCCCCCUGCACGGCUCUAUUGGCCGCCGGGGCCGCCUCCCCCUCCCCACACCACUACCCCAGCGCCUCUUUCAGGUGGGGGCCCCUCCGCGGGGGAGGGGGGGGAGAACGUGGCGGCCGGCGAUUGUGAGGGGAAGUUAUGAAUGAAUCUCCAUCAGGAAGCAAAAAGUUGAAGCCAUCACUGAGAAACUAGAAACUAGAGAUAAAAGAUUAAAACCAGAAGAGAAAGAAGAAGAAGAAGAAGAAGAAAAAAACCCAAAGAAAUAUAUCAAAGCAAAUAUAAGGCCAGUUGAUUGUAACUCACCGAUCAGGGAAUCGAAGCCAGCUGGUAACAGUCUUUCCACACACACACAUACAGACACAAAUCGAGCAAAAGUGGAUUAUUGGACUCCCAUCGUCUCGCUUUGGAGCAAAAGUCGUGGAUUUGACUCUGUGGCACGGAGAAACUUUUGCCCCUAGGGCAAAAAAAAGAAGAAGAAGAAUUUUGAUUUAUUUAGCCUGCCAGAAACUGGUUCAGGUCUUCUAAUUGAGAAUGCGUCUUCUAUCCUAUGGAUAUCAGUUUUGAAUUGACCGAUGAAGAAGAUUGUUGGUGCCUUCUGGCGAUCGUGCUGGUACUUUGGGCCAUGGGCUGUAUCCAAAGCAUCAGCUGCAAGGCAAAAGGCUUUCGGGAGAGCAUCACCGUCCUAGAGAUCAAGACCUCCAUUGACCCCGUCCCCACCAACAUCGACGAGUCAUCCAGCGUGGUGUUGAGAUACCGCACCCCGCACUUCCGCGCUUCGGCUCAAGUCUUGUUGCCUCCGGUGCCCAAAAAGGAGACUUGGAUUGUAGGCUGGAUACAGGCUUGCAGUCACAUGGAGUUUUACAACUAUUACGGUGACCAUGGCAUGUCAAGUUGGGAACUUCCCGAUCUCCUCGAGGGCAAGAUCCAAGCCAUCAGCGACUCAGACGGCGUCAACUACCCCUGGUACGGGAACACCACCGAGACCUGCACCAUCGUAGGCCCCACCAAGAAAGAAGCCAAGUUCACCGUCAGCAUGAAUGACAAUUUCUACCCCAGCGUCACCUGGGCGGUCCCGGUGAGCGACAGCAACGUGCCCAAGCUGAGUUGCAUCCACCGGGAUCAGAGCUUCACCACGUGGCUGGUGGCCACCAACACCACCACCAACGAGAUGGUCAUCCUGCAGACGAUCAAGUGGCGGAUGAAGCUGGGCAUCGAUGUGGAGCCCAGCCAUCCUCUCGGGCGCCGGGCUAAGUUGAGGGAACCCUCCGCUCAGGAGCAGCCCCAAAUCCUCAGCAAGAAUGAGCCAAUACCACCCAGUGCCCUAGUCAAACCCAACGCCAACGAUGCCCAGGUCCUCAUGUGGAGGCCCAAGGACGGGCGCCCCCUAGUGGUGAUACCCCCAAAGCAUCGGUAAUCGGAACCCCCCUGCGGCAAGGGGGACGGAGAGGGGUACAAAAAAAAAAAUACUUCGUAUUUAAGAGAGAGAGAGACAAAAUCAGCAAAAACAGAGGUGCACUUUUAAACUCAUUUAUCAGAAAAACAAAAACAAAACGCAGCCAUUCUGCCUUGUCCCAUCAGGAUGGAUCUCACUGUGCUCGCCAAGGUCAACUUUAAGGACUGCCUUCCAAGAUUUCUAGCCUGGGUGUGUGUGUGUGUGUGAGGGGAGGGAGGGGGGGCGGGUUUGUCUGAUUCCCGACGCCCCGCUCUUACUUCCAGGUUUUUAAAAAUUCACUUUUUCCUCCCUUUGGUGGUUAUCUGAUGUU